UUCCGCAAACGAACACACACACGCACACGCUCUCUCUCUCUCUCCUAAAAACGUUGUGGACAGAGAAAGAAAGAGAGGAGAGAGAUAAUGGUGCGGAAGUGUACUGGCAGAGGAAUUGCAGAAAUUGCAGUGAUGGAGGUCGCUCAUCAGGUGGGAGUGAGGACUAGGUCCAGAGCGGCUCUGGCUAUGGCGGCGAGCUCAGUCACGGCGAAGAGAAGGAAGGUCACCGGAGCGACAACGGGAGAAUUGGUGAAGCUCUCGACGUCGUACGUCGAGCUCAGGAGCCGGAAUCGAGUCGUGAUCGCGUCAGAGAAUUUGGUGAUUCCUGCGACGGCGGAGAGUACCAUCGGAGUUCGUUCUACGACCGAGACGACGGAGGAGGCGGAGCGGUGCGGGAGCCCUAGCUCCUCCAAUCGCGACGUUCAGGCGUCGUGUUGCUCGAGUAACGGCUCCAGUGAGAUUGCUGACCAUCACGAUGAUGAUAAUGAUGAUCAGGAGAGAAUCGAAUUCGUAGAUCUGGAGGAUGAUGAUGAUAAAGAUGAGAGCACCGAAGUUGAAACAUCGACGUAUAAUUUCUGCAGAGAAAUAAGGAGAGAGAUGACUCCUUCGAGUAAGCUUCGAGAAGAAUCCGACGACGUGGAGUCGGCGGCGAAGCCGACGGUGGUGGAUUCCCACAGUAGAUCAGCGGUGGCCGAGAAAAUGCCUAGCGAAUCGGAGCUUGAGGAAUUCUUCGCAGCCGCUGAGAAAGACAUCCAAAAACGUUUCGCGGAAAAGUAUAACUACGACAUUGUGAAGGACACUCCCUUGGAAGGACGUUACGAGUGGCUUAGAUUAAAGCCGUGAAUUAAGAGAGAAAAAAAAGUACAAUUACGAAACAGCUAAAACACCCAAAAAACAACGUCGUUAGUGAAGAAGAAGAAGAAAAAGAAACAGAAUUAGUUUCUACUGGCUGAUCAUCAGGUUCUCAUGAUAUUAAUCUUAUUAGUUGUUAUAAUUAUUAUCUUUUAGUUACUGCUAAUUUCAAUUAAUUAGCUCUUCUCUAGCUAGCCUAGCCUUUUUUUUUCCCUCUCUUUAUUAUUAUUAUGUACAGCUUUCCCUAUCACUAAGAAGAUGAAUUAAUCAGCAGUAGCAGCAGCAGCUGAAGUUUGUUAAUUCUCUCUCUCUCUGUACGAGUUGUACGGGAAAAUGAAUUUUUCUUUUUUCUUUCGGGAAAGAAAAAUGGGUUUCGAUAAUAUACACAUAUGAAUAUAUGACUAUAUAUAAUAUAUAAUUUUUUCCCUGCAAGUUAUCAGUUUUUAUAGCCCCUCAAUUUCGCGUCUGUUUCUCUGAAAACUCUUUCCGUUCCCCACUAGCCGCCGCCUGGUACGAAACACAGUCGUAAAUUCCA